CGACAAAGUGGAUCUUGAGCUGAUCGCCCCAUUCCAACACCUUCCUUCAUCUUGAGAUCCUCGUUCCAGCAAAUGCGAUCGCUCCGCUGCAACCUGUGCGCAGCAAGGGGGCACGGACCCAUCAUCUCCAGUCGAAGGCGGUGUUUUGGCACAAGUGUGACGUUUUAAGGCAGGUCCCGGCCAGAGCUACCAAUGAGACAAGUCGCUCCUAUUCCGCCGGGCUGGUCGCAAUGAACGGGCGUCGGAGCAGUGCACGGCAACGGAGCAACCGGAGCGAGACUCGGCCAUCAAGGGGAUGCGGCAUCGGUACGCGGGAGCUGUCUACCAGCACCAGCUCCCCCAGCAAAAGCGAGCCAGCAGCAGCAAGCCGAGCGGGGAGCAAGACGCGCCUGUUUUCAGCCUGCCGCCCCCGCCCUCUUCCUCCCACCACCGAGACCGCGCUUCGACUACCGACGCUCACCGCCGGAGCCUCCAGGAGCUCCCGUGCGUGAGCCAGCCCGCACCAAGAGCGCCGCACGGCGGGGACGCGCCACCUCCGGCGGGGUCCCGCGACAGCGCCCACCGAGAGCGGGGCGGCACCGGAGGCAGCGCCGGGGAGCCGGCCACUUUGCAGCAGGAUCCCUGGGCCCCGGCCCCGGUUUUUCCGAGCUGCCACUGCAGUUUUUCCACGCAGGAGGCGAACCAUUCACAAAACCAGCACCAUCGCGUCGCACCACCGCAGCCCUCCCCACCUUUCCCCCCGCCUAUACCGCCACCACCGACUACCACCUCCUCCUCCUCACUGCUGUUUUCCCGGGAAUCCAAACGCGGGGAUCGUCUGGGAAGGAGUGCCAAUAAUUACCAACAGGCAAGCAUCGUGGAACGCUGCAGGGGAGGAGGAGGAGCAGGAGGGCAACGAGACCACAGGCAGUUGCAGUUGCAGCAGCAGCAGCACUGUCAUACAAGACUCCCACUGAGGGACUCCUCCCCUGAAGGAAUCCGUGCAAACUCACAGAAAAGGUGCACUGACAGAAGAGCAUUCGAGUCUCAGACGCAGGAGCAACAGAUCCCACAAUUAAGAGCGCGGCAGCAGCUACUGGUGGGCAGCAGCUUGCCUAUCAACCACUGCGCCAGCGGCUCUGGUGAGCUAUGUAGGACUCACCAGGCUCCACUGCUGCAACAACAGCAGCAGCAGCAGCAGCGGCAGCAGCAGCAACAGCAGCAGCAGCAGCAACAGCGGCAGCAACAGCAGCAGCAGCAACAGCAGCAGCACAGCACACCGGGGCAGCACUGUGAAGCCCGAGACCGCAAUAAGUGCGCCAGGACCCCCGCGCCAGGCGACCCGCACAGCGCAACGCUCCCGGCGGCACAGCAGGCAGACGCGGCCAAGUCGAGCGCAACUGGCGGUAGCAGCCGCAGCAACAGCAGCAGAGAGAGCCCCAACUACGGCUCCAGCUAUCACCUGUGGCCCGAGAGCCCGCAUAAAGGAGAGGAGAGGAUACGCAUCGAGCUCCACAAGGCCACAACUGAGAAGAAGAAGCUGAGCCAUGCUGGAUCCAAGCCCUCCCUCUCCGAGAGCAGCGGCCGACUCCCUCAGAUAGCCAUGAACACCUGCAAGUACAAUGGCGGCGUGGUGAGACCACUCGUGGGCAGUCUGGCGUCCUCGUCGCGCCGCAACCUUGCGGAGCUUGACUCGGAAACGCAGCCCCUGCAGACGCUGCACAGCUCUGGCCUGGAGGUGGUGGUGUCCAAGGGGAAUGGCGGCGAAGACCCCAGCAAGGCGUCUAACGAGAGCUUGGUCAGGGAGGGCAGCGGGCGCAGCAGAGGCAGGGCGCCCCAAAAGAAAAACCGGGACAUCGGUUACAAGCUCGGCCACCGGAGGGCACUGUUUGAGAAGCGGAAGCGGCUGAGCGACUACGCGCUCAUCUUUGGAAUGUUUGGGAUCGUCGUCAUGGUGACGGAGACGGAACUAUCAUGGGGGGUUUACACUAAGGAAUCUUCAUAUUCAUUUGCACUGAAAUGCCUUAUCAGCCUUUCCACUGUUAUACUGCUUGGUCUUAUAAUAAUGUACCAUGCACGGGAAAUCCAGCUGUUUAUGGUCGACAACGGUGCAGAUGACUGGAGGAUAGCCAUGACCUACGAGCGGAUCUUCUUCAUCGUGCUGGAGUUGCUGGUGUGUGCCAUCCAUCCCAUCCCCGGCCAGUACGUCUUCACCUGGAAGGCCCGGCUGGCUUUUACGUACACGCCAUCCGUGGCGGAUGCCGACGUGGACAUCAUCCUCUCCAUCCCCAUGUUCCUGAGACUCUACCUGAUUGGCAGGGUCAUGCUACUUCACAGCAAGCUGUUCACCGACGCGUCGUCUCGCAGUAUCGGCGCCCUCAACAAGAUCAACUUCAACACACGCUUUGUCAUGAAAACGCUCAUGACCAUCUGCCCGGGAACUGUUCUGCUGGUGUUCAGUAUAUCGUCCUGGAUCAUUGCUGCAUGGACCGUGCGCGUCUGCGAGAGGUAUCAUGACAAACAGGAAGUGACCAGUAACUUUCUGGGAGCCAUGUGGCUCAUCUCAAUUACCUUCCUCUCCAUUGGCUACGGGGACAUGGUACCGCACACGUACUGCGGGAAAGGCGUGUGUCUGCUUACAGGGAUUAUGGGAGCUGGCUGCACUGCACUUGUGGUCGCAGUGGUGGCCAGGAAACUGGAGCUGACCAAGGCAGAGAAGCAUGUUCACAACUUCAUGAUGGACACGCAACUCUGUAAACGAGUAAAGAACACAGCUGCCAAUGUACUCAGGGAAACAUGGCUCAUCUACAAACACACCAAGUUGGUCAAGAAGAUUGAUCACGCCAAGGUGCGGAAACACCAACGCAAGUUUCUCCAAGCCAUUCACCAAGCUCAGAAACUGCGCAGUGUCAAGAUGGAGCAGAGGAAACUAAAUGAUCAGGCCAACACCUUGGUGGACCUGGCGAAGACCCAGAAUGUGAUGUACGACCUGGUUUCAGAACUCCAGGAGCGCAGUGAGGAGCUGGACAAGCGAAUCGGCACAUUGGAAGACAAGCUGGACUCGGUGACGGGCAGCCUGCAGGCGCUGCCCUGCCUCAUCUCCCAAGCCAUAACCCAGCAGCAACAGGACUUCCUGGACGGCUUUGUUCACCGCUUCCGGCCCGCAUCGCUAGCCUCAGAGCGCUCCGAACGCUCUGAGCGGUCGUGGACGUCCACCACGCGCAGGCGGCGCUCGCCGUCCACCGCACCACACACCUCCUCCGAUAGUGGAUAACCUCCAAGAAGCACCUUUCUCUAUCAUCCCAUCACUUCAUUCGUCUCCCUCUCAAAUAGUCCGUCGCUGGACUGAUGUUGAGCUCAUAUCCUGACAUGCCGCUCCCCUUACCACCAAAUCCCAAAACCAAUUUCCCUCCCCGAGUCUUUCAGUGCAGGACUGGAUCAGAGCAACUCCAACAGAGGGGGUUAAAAAAAACUAAAAAAAACA